CAUGACAUGAAUACCUUAAGCCUGCCCCUGAACAUGCGCCGCGGGGGGUCGGACACCAACCUCAACUUCGAUGUGACGGACGGCAUCUUGGACUUCCACAAGGCCAAGCUCAAUGCCGACAGCCUGAAGCAAAAAAUUCUGAAGGUCACAGAACAGAUCAAGAUCGAGCAGACCUCCCGAGACGGGAACGUGGCGGAAUACCUGAAGCUGGUCAACAGCGCUGACAAGCAGCAGGCCGGGCGGAUCAAGCAGGUCUUUGAGAAGAAGAACCAGAAGUCGGCUCACUGCAUUGCCCAGCUGCAGAAGAAACUGGAGCAGUACCACCGCAAGCUCAGGGAGAUCGAGCAAAAUGGGGCCCCCAGGGGCUCCAAGGACCUCUCCCGGGACCACCUGAAGGACAUGCACCACGCUCUGAAGGAUGCCCACGCCAAGUCGCGGACUGCCCCCCACAGCAUGGAGAGCAGCAAGUCGGGCAUGCCGGGGGUGUCCCUCACGCCCCCCGUGUUUGUCUUCAACAAGUCCAGGGAGUUCGCCAACUUGAUCCGGAAUAAGUUUGGCAGCGCCGACAACAUCGCGCACUUGAAAAGCUCCCUGGAGGAAUUCCGGCCCGAGGCCAGCACCAGGGCCUACGGAGGCAGCACGACCAUCGUGAGCAAGCCCAAGUACGGCAGCGACGACGACUGCUCCAGCGGCACCUCGGGCUCGGCCGACAGUAACGGGACCCAGUCCUGCGGGGCGGGCCCGCUGGACAGCCAGGGGAAGCUCACCAUGAUCCUGGAGGAGCUCCGCGACAUCAAGGACACCCAGUCCCAGGUGGCGGAGGACCUCGAGGCGCUCAAAGUGCAGUUUAAGCGCGAAUACGGCUUUAUCUCUCAGACCCUGCAGGAAGAGAGGUACAGGUAUGAGCGCCUGGAAGACCAGCUCCACGACCUGACGGAUCUGCAUCAGCACGAGACGGCCAACCUGAAGCAGGAGCUGGCCAGCAUCGAGGAGAAGGUGGCCUACCAGGCCUACGAGCGCUCGCGUGACAUCCAGGAAGCCCUGGAGUCCUGCCAGACUCGCAUCUCUAAGCUGGAGCUCCAUCAGCAGGAGCAGCAAGUCCUGCAGACGGACACCGUGAACGCCAAGGUUCUGCUGGGAAAGUGCAUCAACGUGGUCCUGGCCUUCAUGACCGUCAUCUUGGUGUGUGUGUCGACCAUCGCCAAGUUUGUCUCGCCCAUGAUGAAGAGCCGCUUCCACAUUCUUGGCACUUUCUUCGCCGUGACUCUUCUUGCGAUUUUCUGUAAAAACUGGGACCCUAUUCUGUGUGCCCUAGAAAGGAUAAUUAUACCGAGAUGAAGCCCUGGGCGAUGGCCUUCACGUCCUCUCAAGUUUUUCUCUUCCAGAGAACUUUGUGCGGGGUGCCAGCUGAGGACGGCAAGGAGAACUGGGGCUGUGCGGUUGUAAAUAACAGCAGUUCUCUCCCGCAGUAGCAGCUGCUGAUCCAGUUCCUGUACUUGGUUAAUGUGAAUCUGUCUCUGAAUUCUCCCCACAUUGCUCACUGCCUUAAUCAGAUCAGAUUUUCUGCUCCCCUGGCCGGCCUGGCGUGGUAAACUUCUGAUGCUGAACCAUUGGUUCGCGAUUAGUGACCCAGAAGAAAGGGUGUUUAAAUCUCUGUCCUAUAAAUCUCUGUCAAAAAGUCA